AUGCCCUCGCCGUCCAUUGCUCACCGCAUCCUGCAGCCACACCCAACGCCCUCCUCACCCUGUCGCUCCGUCCGACCAAUGUCGCCCCCGCCCCCAUCCACCCUCGAGGACGUUCUAGACCACUACACAAUCCGCUCCACCCUCUUCUCCCUCCUCGACCCCCUCUCGCUGAUCCGUCUCCAGCGGUGCUCCCGCAAACUGCACAGCCACGCACCCGAGAUGCACAAAACCCAAUGGAACCUCCCCCGCUUCCUCACCCGCUGGGUCCGCGACCCCGCGGCCUUCCGCCGCCAGAUGGCCGCCAACGACGCCAUCCUCGCUGGCUCGGCCGCGCUGCAGUUCUUCGACCGCACCCACUACCCGGACAGCGACCUCGACGUCCUCUUCACGGGCGCCGGCAACAACGGCCCCGAGGCCACCAAAUGCUACGCCAAGCUCGCGUCCGUGGCAGCGCACCUCGUCGCGGCGGAGGGCUACACGCCGCACGCACCGCCCGGCAUCGACUGGGCGCGCGCGACCGGCAAAGAGCUGUUCGGCAGCCUCGCACGCCGCCGCCGCCGCGACAGCCCAGCGGCGCACCGCGAGAUCUCGGGGACAUAUCCGCUGCUGUUCGACGUGUUUGAGUUCCGCAAGGGGCCGCGGCGCGUGCAGCUCGUCAUGUAUGAGCGCUCGGCGCUGGAGAGCGUGCUGACGGCCCAUUCGACGGUGGUCAUGAAUUUCGUGGGCUGGGAUUGCGCGUAUAGCCUGUUUCCGGCGUACACGUUUGGCAGCAGACAGAGCCUGGUUAAUCGUGUGCCGGAUGCGGGGACGGCGAAGGUUAUGAGCAAGUGGCGGGGACGCGGGUUCGCGUUUGGGUGGAAGAAGGUGGUGGGGGAUGGACUGGGUCCGGAGAAUGACGCCGAGUUCCAAGCGCCGACAAUGGAUCCGUUCCGCCGCGUGCGCUCCCUGGCGGACCGCCACUGCUGGCGGCUCGAGCUGGAUACGGCGGGGCUGGAGGAUGUGAGUGCGCAGACGGUCUCGCGGGAUAUGGUGUUUGGGACGGUGUGUGAUUACUUUAGCGGGCGGGAUCCGUUUGGUUACCCCGGGGCGUGUGUGAGCUUUCGAUUCUUUCGGUAUGAUUCCCCGGUUGAGCGCCCGGAGGGUGUGGCGGGUGUUGUGGGCGGCGGUGUGUAG